AUUGCUGGAGACUUCAACACUGACAACAGUGACACUAUUUUAUUAUCUUGCAUCUUGUGUUUACUACGAUAAUAUGGGUGUUCCCGCUCUUUUCCGAUGGCUCAGCAAAAAGUAUCCCAAAAUUAUUUAUCCUGUUCAAGAGGAGGAGGAGGUUCAGGUCCCGGAUGAAAACGACGAAAUCGUUGUCAUUCCUCCAAGAAUGGCAGAUUCCAAUCCUAAUGGGGUGGAAUUCGACAACCUCUACCUUGACAUGAACGGGAUUGUUCAUCCAUGUACGCACCCGGAAGGGAGGCCUGCUCCGGAAACCGAAGAGGAAAUGAUGGUUGAAAUUUUUAAGUAUACCGAAAGAGUUGUGAACAUGGUUAGACCGCGAAAACUCUUGUUCAUGGCCAUUGACGGUGUUGCACCGCGGGCAAAAAUGAAUCAGCAGCGGUCUAGGCGGUUUCGUGCUGCACAGGAAGCCAAGGAAAAGGACGAACAAAGAAAAGAGUCGGUUCUUCUUUGGGAAGCCAUGGGCAAGGAGUUAUCCGAAGAGGAGAAAAACAAAGUCGCCUGGGAUACUAAUGCUAUCACGCCUGGAACACCUUUCAUGGAUUUGCUUGCCGCGUCACUCCGCUAUUGGGUUGUUUCAAAGAUGAAUACUGAUGACGGCUGGAAAGGCAUUCAAGUUAUCAUAUCUGAUGCAAGUGUGCCAGGUGAAGGUGAACACAAGAUCAUGGAUUGGAUCCGUCGCCAGCGCGCAAACCCCGGACAUGAUCCAAAUACGCGACACGUUAUCUACGGCUUAGAUGCCGAUCUCAUAAUGCUGGCAUUGGCGACACACGAACCUCAUUUCCGAGUAUUGCGGGAGGACGUUUUUGGCGAGAGCAAUUCAACUGCUUGUCGGAAAUGUGGACAGGAAGGUCAUUACGCUGCUCAAUGUACAGCCGAAUUGGCACAGAUUCAGAAAAAGCCUCCGUCGGAGAAGAAACCUUUUAUUUUCCUAGAUGUCGCCGUCCUGCGCGAGUAUCUUGAGGUCGAACUUGAUGUUCCUCAAGCUUACUUCCCCUUUGAUUUCGAACGAUCAAUCGAUGACUGGGUGCUUCUCAUUUUCUUUGUUGGGAAUGACUUCCUUCCCCACCUACCGUCGCUUGAGAUCCGCGAGGGAGCGAUUGAUACUUUGUUGAGAAUCUGGAAACAGGAAUUGCCACGAAUGGGUGGAUAUGUGACAAAUCAUGGUCGACUCGAGCUACCAAGAGUUCAAAUUAUUCUCGAAGGUUUGGCCAAAAGAGAAGAUGAUAUCUUUAGACGCCGACGUGAAGGCGAGGAACGUCAAGAAGCAAAUGCCAAGCGUCGUAAGUUGGAGGAAGAGAAUAGUAAAAAUGGAUUUACUGCGGGGCCAUCAUCCUCUCUUUCAUUGACUGCUUCUACCUCUAGUCUUACUAAUAAUACAACCGUUGCACAUCCAUCCCUUCCUCCACGACCUGAUUUUGCUGCCAGAGCGGAUUCCAUUGGCCUUGGCGCUAAGCCUAAUGCAGAGUCUAUUCAGAACAUUCCCGCAGCUACACAGGCACUUGCGGGUUCGAACCAUGACGUUGUAGCCAACCGGCGUGCUAUUCGAAUGGCCAAUAUGAGCGCGGCAGAGGUGCUCAAGGCUGAACUUGCUGGACUUGUCCCUGUGAAACCGACCGCCAGUAAUGUUGACAAUGUACCCAAUGUACUCUUGCCCUCAGGCCCUGAACCUUCUAUGAUCAUUUCAGAUGCCACUGCAACGCCGUCUGUUGACAUUACAAUGACUGUCGACAGUGAGGAUGAAGUUCCUGGUUUUGGCGCACAGUCUGUUACCGAUGAGAAUGCACCCUCUGUAUCAACCGACUUUGAUAUACCGUUUUCAGAAAAAAAUAAUGUUGGAACUUUCGAGAAUGGGACUGUGGGUGCUGAUGAUGUAGAAGCUGACCCGAACUUGGCGGGAACAAAGCGCAAACUUGACGAAAUGAAUAUCGAAGAGACGGAUGAAACUGUUGUAGUUGAUGAUGAUGAACCCCCCGUGGAUGGUCCCCAUUCUUCUUUAGCGUUCAAGGUCAAUCCAGAUGGAACCGUUUCUCAAGAAGAUACAGUGAAACUUUGGGAACCCGGAUAUAGAGAUCGAUAUUACAGGCAGAAGUUUGAUGUAGAACCCAAUGACAAAGAAUUUAGGAGGCAGAUCACAAAGCAUUAUGUUGAAGGGAUGGCCUGGGUCCUGUGCUAUUAUUAUCAAGGAACUCCAUCUUGGCAAUGGUACUAUCCGUACCACUUUGCACCCUUUGCGGCGGAUUUCGAAGACGUCGAUAAAAUGGACAUAAAGUUCGAAAUUGGACAGCCAUUCAAGCCUUACGAGCAGCUCAUGGGGGUUUUUCCAGCGUCAAGUCGGAAACAUAUUCCUGAACCAUUUCACCACCUCAUGACGGACGACGACUCCCCUAUUAUCGAUUUUUACCCAUCUACCUUUGAGAUAGACAUGAACGGAAAGCGGAUGGCCUGGCAAGGAGUUGCACUCCUUCCCUUUAUUGAUCCCGUUCGCCUUCUUGAAGCAAUGAAAGAGCCUUACACAAAGCUCACUGAAGAUGAAAUUCGACGAAACACUUGGGGAAACAACUCGAUAUUCACAUCCGAUGCCCAUCCAAUACACCCAUUCUACGAACAAUUGUAUGGUAAACGGCGACCCAAAGAGCCACUUCAAAUUGAUCACAAUCUCACUAAAGGUGUCAGUGGAAGCGUUCUUCCCAACCCUGAAUGUCUUCCAGGUUCUACUUACCUUACUCCCCUUGUUGAACAAAAUCUGCCUGAUAUCAAGAACGAUCGCUCACUUUCAGUCUUCUACUUUUUCCCCAAACAACUCACUCCUCACCGCUCGGUCUUGCUGCCUGGUGUAACUCGUUCUCCUCGCAUGUUAUCUGCCAAUGAUCUAGAGCAUGCGCGAAAUGGUGGUCGUGGCCGUGGUCGUGGAAGUGGUUAUGACCGCGGGGGCAGAGACAGAGGCGGAAACGAUAGAAAUGACCCAUUCCACUCUCGGCCUCCGAAUUACGGCAACGGUCGAGGAAAUUCCCGUGAACCAUACCGAGGACAAUACAGAGGAGAUAACGGAAGCUACAAUGAUCGAGGCCGUGGUAGACCAUCACCGAACAAUAGCUAUAGUAAUGGGUAUGGAAAUGGUCGGGACGUAUCAUCAGCCUCGAAUAACUCAUAUGGUGGGUAUGGUGGUUACGGUGGAGGUCCCGCGAGAGAUUAUGGGAACGGUCCUACGGGAGGCUAUGGCAGUGCACCUACAGGAGGUUAUGGUGUUGGUAAUGUAAGAGGAGGUUAUGGUGGUACCAGCAGAGGUUACAGCGGGUCCGCAGGAAACGCCGGAGGUGGCGGAGCAAGAGACUACGAGGGAUAUGGUGGGUAUGGUAAUGCUGGUGGAGCAGGAGGAGGACCAGCAGCAUAUCGUAAUAACGGAGGCUAUGGUAAUGCAGGUGGUAACUUCCCAGGUGCCUCACGAGGCAGGGGCAGCUACGGAGAUGACAAUCAUAGUAGAUAUCCUGCCAACGGUUACACGAAUCCAUCCCAUGGGAACGGAGGAUACAGCAACGCAACUCAAGGUGGGCCUUACAACACACCCUCUAGGGGACGUGGACGUGGCUGGUAAACUAUGUAGAAGUUUUCUUUUCCAUGAUUUCAUUAUAUGUCACGACAUAAAUACGCUCGGUUCCACGAACUGUCAUUGGUAUUUUGUUUUUUA